UGACAAGGCCGGUUUAUUGCCCUGACAUACUUUUUUAGUUUCACCCCAACAAAUCACUAUCUGAGCAAUACUAGGUUUUACAGUUAUCGUUAAUACGACGCAAGUGACACAUUUUUUUUUAAUCCUUCGGUACGGGUCACUUCUAAACUUGUGUAUCGGCUUUGUCUCAUGUUUGAGCUGUGGUUUUUUUCCCCACGUGGUUUUUAACUGGAUCUAGCAGACGCUUACAAGUUUACAAGAAAGCAUUUGAUGAGAUUCCAGAUGUUGAGCAGUUUGGUGUUUUGACAGUGAAAUCUUAACAACAGCAGCAUCAUGGGUGAUGGGGAUGGCAACCAAAGUGUGCAGCUGAUCACCUUCGGCAAGAGGGAGUCUAUGGCCACGCUAGAGAGGAGGAGAGAGCCCAACAACACAUCAGCUAUAGACUCGUGGUCCCAGUCUCCCCUGUACAAAAAUGGCAGUUGGGAGUCUUCACCACCAGAACGUGAACCAUUUCUACCGGUCAAGCUUGACCCAGGAUGGGACAGCAUGGCUGUCAACACCUCCAUCAAGAAGAGCAGCACCACCCAACAGCUGGAGGAGUUGGAAAAAAAUCCUCCACCAGACAGAUACAACGUAGUUUACAUUGUCAUGCUCCUCCAUGGGAUAGCCAUACUUAUACCUUGGAACAUGUUCAUCAAUGCCAAAUCUUAUUUUGAGAACUACAAACUACAAGACAGUGGCAACAACACGUCUGAAGUGCUGAAAGACUACAGAACAAACUUUAUGAGCUACAUCGGCAUGGCCUCACAGUUUCCCAACUUCAUCAUGAACAUCAUCAACCUGUUUGUCCAGUGUGGGGGCAAUACUUUAGGGGUGCGAGUUAUUUCCGGGAUUAUUAUAAUGGUCAUCAUGUUUAUCCUAACCACAGUUUUGGCUAUGAUUGAUUCCACUGAAUGGCCUGAAAUAUUUUUCUGGAUUACCAUAGGAACUGCAAUCAUCAUAAACUCUGCUGUUGGCAUUUAUCAAAACAGUAUGUACGGCCUGGCUGCCACACUUCCCAUGAAGUACACCAACGCCAUCAUCUUUGGAAAUAACAUUUCUGGAACUCUGGUAGCUGUAACCAACAUUAUAGUUCUUGUAUUGUCGCCUGAUAAAAAGACCUCAGCUAUUUACUAUUUUGUGGUUGCCAUUGUCAUCCUUAUGGUCGCCUUUGAUGCUUACUUUGUCACUGGACACACUAAAUUUUACCGCCACUACACACUGUUGUCUUCACUGAAAGAAAAGGAGUUUAAAGAGAAGAAUGCUUCAAAUAAUGAACCUUUCUACAAAAUAUUGUUUCGCAGUUUUGGAAGAGUAUUUUUACAGAUUUACCAUCUGAUGUUUGGUGUGUGGUUCACAUUCUUCAUCACCCUCCUGCUCUUCCCAGCUGUGAUGAGUGAUGUACAGCCUUUAGGUUUCCCACUAUCACCUGAUUUCUGGACUGCCAUCUUCUGUUUUCUAUUCUUCAACUUGUUUGCGACGUUAGGAAAUCUGGCCACAGAAUUUAUCAGAUGGCCUAAUGCUAGAUGGGUGAACAUCCUAGUUUUUCUGCGCAUUGUUUUUAUCCCACUUAUGGUCCUUGGCAACUUCCGUCCAGAUACACGAGCCAUGACGGUUCACAUAGGCAAUGAUUACGUGUUCAUUGUUGUGUCCAUCUUGUUCUCAUUCACCAGCGGCUACUGCAGUAGUUUGACCAUGAUGUACGCACCAAAACUAGUGGCUACCAAUGACGCCCCUAUUGCAGGAAUGAUCAUGGCCUUGUGUCUUGUGUUUGGCAUCCUGUGUGGCAUUAACUGCUCUCGUCUUUGGGAAUACGUCCUGCAGUGGGAAAUUUAACAGACUUGGUUUUAUGUACAUAGCUUCAGCUUUUAUGGGCCUGUCUUUAUUUUACUUGUCAUGUUAGAAUCUACAACUUUGUGAUAGUAAACGUGAUGGACAUUUCUUUUUUUUUUGUGUGUUGCAUUUAAAACUUAUUUUUGUUUGUUUGUUUUUAACUGAACAAGUUCAGAAUGUAAAUUGUGUUUUCAAGCCUUUCUUGUUUUAAACACACCACAGACUGUAUGGGUUUAUAAGCAGCUACUGAAAGAUAUACAUUAAAAUGCUGUUGAGUAGUCACUUACAUAUAAGCAAGUAAUUACAGUAUUGUGUGUUUUAUAUUCCUUUUAUCAGUGCCAUAAAUUCUAUACAGUUUAAUAAUCUCUUAGGUUAAUAGCAUCUCAUUUUAUAUUCACUCUUCAUAAUUUAAAUUCAGAUUGAUUUAGAGAUAUAUUUUUGGUAAAUUUACACUUAUUCUAGUUGUAUGUCAUUAUACUUUAUGGUUUAAAAUUUCUAUGACCAUUAAUUUUUUUACAUAAACUUUGACAAUUGUAAAACUAUUUUUUAAUGAAUGUGUUCUAACCAUGGCAUUGAAUAUUGGACAUUUUUUUUUUAUUUAAAGCAUCGUGUUCUAGUUGGUGCGGCAUUGUCAAGACAUUUUUUAAAGCAUUUAUGUCCCUUUACUGACAGUUCCAUGAGAUCCAUACCACUGCUAUGUUAAUGUUUAGAUCUUUACACUUAUCUUUACACCUCUAUUGUUAUAGAUACAUAAACUGCUAUUAAUGUAGGAAUUUACGCUUACCUUAAACCACUGUUGUUAUAGAUACAUUAACUGCAAUGGCUGUAUUGCUUUAGAUUUAUCUUACACCACAAUUGUUAUAGAUACAUAAACUGCUAUGGCUGUAAGGCUUUACAUUUAUCUUAUACCACUAUUGUUAUAGAUACAUACAACUGAAAUUUGUUAUUUGAGUGGACUGGCAUUUCUUGUAUUCCUUGUACCUAUUGCUUAAGUCUGGUCUUGCAAUUUGUUGCUUCACCUGCGGCAUUCAAUGUUGUUUCUUUUUUGUUAGCAGCGAUGAAGUCUAAGUAGCCUAAAACAAUUUAAAAAAACAUUUUGUUUUGUUAAAAUGUAUAUAUUAGUUUUAGAGUUUCCACUAUCAUUUACAUAUUUACAAAAUUUUUUUUUUUUUUUUGCGUAGAUUUUAAAAACCUUUUUUCUUUGAUUACUAAUUAUUACUAUAACUAAUUUGUUUGAACUGUUAGAAAUAGUUAUAUUGAAGAAAAGUAUUCCCCUGAGCAAUGUUGUUCACAGAUUUCUUGAAUUAUUUGUUGUAGUCACAACCAAUGGAUGUAGACACCUGACUGUAGCAGUACAGUGUGGGUUUAGUUGAGACUUCUCAGGGAAAAACAUUAGUUUAACAUGAAAUUUAACUUUAUUUCAACAUGAUACGCUCGUCUCUCAAAGUUUGUGUUGCUUGUCAGUUGGGUGACUUGAGUGCUUGAGCAUUGGCACAAGUUUCCCUUUAGUUACUUCAUUCAAGUGUAAAAUAGGUUAUUUAAAGGAUAAAUAGGAUGGUGAUUCGGUUUCAUUAAAACAUUGCUAAUGUGUUCAUUGUUAGAAAUAACCAUUUCCAAUAACUGCUUGACUGUGUAUGAUGUAUUCAUUACAUUUUUUUUCUGUUAAGUUUUAUUUCAAUUUGUGAAUCAGUGUUAAUGAUAUUUAUUAGUGUAAAAUUGUACACAAGAAUUUUGUUUACUAUAAACAUAACAAUAACUUCAUAUAUCAUAACAUAGAAUAUCUUUAAAUUUACUGCACACUUAUGUUUCGUGUACCAUCAAUAUUUCUUAUAUUAAGUAAACUUAAUACUAAAUUAACUUUUAGAUGAGGUUGUUAAGGAAAUGCCUUUACUACAUUAAAAUAGAUAUAUUUUCAACAUUCCAGUAUGUAAAUCUAUGCUUUGCAUGAAAUUGAAAAACUUAUCUGGCAGGAGGGAAUAUUUUCUGACUACUUGAAACUAUUGUUUAGUAGUGCUGAGUCCAAGUUUUCUCAUUUCCAGUUGGUCACUGUUUUAUCAUUUCAACUUUGUCACAUCUGUACUGUAUCUUUGUCUUGAGCAUUUUGGUUUUCAUAGUUACAUUUUUUUUUGGUUCUAUUUUUUAAAUUUCUUGCCAUAAAUUGGGGCUGGGAAUAGAACAGUUUAAAAUGUUAAAUUUUAUAGAUGUUUUUCUCUAGUUUGUUUCAAAACUGGCUAUUAAUUUUUUUUCUACAUGUGUAUGUCAUGCUGUAUUUUAAAAACUGUAUUUGAUGUAAAUAUGAAUCAAUGAUCCCUACUUUUUGUUAAAUUAUUUAUGCCUAAUGUUAGUAUUUUUUUUUAAUAAUCUAAGUAAGUUUGAAAUUGUUAUAGGUUUUUUCAAAGUAAGCUGAGAAAUGAUUAAGUUAAUUAAAAAAAAAAACAUUGAAUAUAUUUUAUCUUCUAAUAGAAAUAGAAAUACUGAUCACUAGUGGGUUUUUUUUUUUUAAAACUAAAUAUGUUGUAAAUUUCUAGCAAAGAUUAAUUGGUUGAAGGACAACACAAUAUCAUUUCUGUAUUAUUUAAUGUUUACAUUUGGAUUUGUUUUGUUGCACUCCUAUUUGUAAAUACAUGAUGUUGUACUUAUGCUGGGGUCUGCUCCUCUUCCAAUACAAAUGCCUUGUACUGAUGCUUAUUGGAACUGAUGUUUAAGAACUUUAAUAUAGAACUGUUGUAUACAUUUUUGUAAGAUCUUUGGUGUGGGAGGGGAGGUAUUCACCAAAUUAUAUACAUUUAUCAUUA